AUGAGAGUUUCUAGUUUAUUGAAUGGUGUUUUAAUCACUUUAAUUACGGUUGUAGUUAGUGAAACUACAACUUCAACUUCUGAUCUUGAUUUAUUUAAAGAUUGGACUAUUAAGGAUUUUACCGAAUUUUUAAAAGAUAGAAAGAUUUCAAUUCCUUCUAUUCCCCAAGUCACUGAAAAUGUUAGGAAAGUGAUUGAAGGUGAAGAAGUCGAGAAGGAAGACGAUACUAAUAUCAUUGAUGAAAGUGCCAAUUAUCUUUCUCAAUUGAAAGAUUUAACUUUACAACAAUAUGAAUCUUUGAAAUCUCAAUUUGAAUCAUUAUACAAAGAAGAUAAUAAGAUUCCGUUCGAUUAUAAUAUCAAUGAAAUCGGUCAACAAAUCUUAAACGUUAAUAAUAAAGAUCUCUCCGGUUUGGAUAUCUUACCUGAUACCCUUAAGAAUUAUGGAUACCUCUUUCAUGAAGAUAAGUCUACCACUAAUAAAGUCAAAGAUUGGAUAUUUGAUAGUUGGCCCCUUAAGAAUUUGAUUUAUUUCAGUUAUAAUAACAAAUUAAUUGAUUCGUUGGAUUAUAAUCAUAAAACUCUGAUUUCAGAUGAAUUCAUUAAUAAAAUUAAACAAAAUUAUGAUUCAAUCACUAAACAGAAAGAUGUGGCCGGGAAUUAUCCGGGGGAUUGGUUAUUUGAAUUAUGGAGUUAUGAAGAUUUUCAAAAUUGGUUAAACAAAUAUGAAAUUCCCUUCGAUGAAGAGAAUGAUACCAGACUGGAUUUAUUAAAGAAAGUAAAAGAUUAUAGUUAUCUUGUUUCGAAGUCAAUUAAAGAAUCGAAAGAUUCAUUAUAUGAAUCGUUAAAUAUCAAUACUAAUGAUUGGAAACAAUUCUCCAAGAGUUAUGUUCUGAAAGCUGGUGAAUUCAAUGAUCAAUUUUGGAAUCUUUGGACUUAUUCCCAAUUAAGAGAAUGGCUUUAUUAUAAUGGUAUUAUCGAUAAGAAACCAUCUAUUACCGAUGAGAAAUUAACUCGUGAGAAAUUAUUAACUUUAAUUAAAUCAAGACAAUCUUAUUUAAAAGAUGAUAUUCAAAAAUAUUUAUCUACUGCUAAUAAUCAAAUAAAAUCAACUUCAGAUGAUGUUGAUACUCUUUUAUUACAUGUUAAUAAAUGGUCGAAAGAUAAAUUAAGACAAUUCUUAGAACUUCGUGGUGUUAAAGUUUCAUCAUGGACUUCUAAGCAUGACUUAAUUGAAUAUGUGAAAGCUUAUCGUGAUAAAGAACCAAUCCUUGACGAAUCUUCAUAUAGUUGGUUAUAUGAUAGUUUAUCAACUGAAUCAAUUAUUGAGUGGUUGAAGCUGCAAGGUGCAUCUGUAGAAGGAACAAGACAAGAAUUAAUUGAUAAGUUUAAUGAAAGUUUAACUAAUAGUUAUAAAUCAUCGAAACAACAGAUUGAAGAUGCUCAAAAAAAUUUACCUGAUAUAACUUCAUUCCAAGCUUAUUUAAAGAAAGCAUAUCCAAAGAAGAAAUUUAAUCAAAAAUCAAUUGAUGAAGCUUAUGAUUUGGUUAGUUAUUAUUAUAAUACUGUUUCUGAUUCGAUUUUAAAUAAUAUUGAAGGAAUUAAUGUUUCAACUGAAAAGACUUGGAAGACCUUAGAAAAGGAAUCAUUUGAUUUUGCCGCUGAUUUAUUACAAACUCAAAAAUCAUUAAAAUCAAAAUUAGAUGAAAAUUAUAAAUUAGCUAAAGAUCAAGCUCAACUUUCUUCCGAUAAAAUUUCCAAAUCUUUAAUUGAUCAAUAUAAUAAACAAACUUCCAAAUUAUCGAAAUACUUUAAAAAAUUAUCUAAUCAUUUCCAAACUGAAAAGAAUAAUUUAGGUACCUUAGUGAAAACUAAUAAGAAAAAGGAAGUACCCCCAAUUUUUAAAAUCAACUUAUGA